CCUUCCCCUGGAUCUACGAUCUUAAAAUCCUCCUCUCGUCCUCAGUUCCAUUCUCGUCUCCUUCCCCAGGCAUCCUCUCUGAGCUUAGAAAACCUUCAUGGCAUUUGCGCACUUCUGCAGCAUCGAAUGUUUCCUUAAAAUCGGGAAACAGCAAGAGCUUCUUCUCCUUGUUAUCGGAUUGCCUAUUGCCAGCAGUCGUUUUAGUCAGUUUUCUCCUCAUUAAAACUCUGUCGAUACAGAAUCCCUCACCAGUCUGGUAAAGCUUUCCCUGCGAUUCUGUAUCGAUUUUCUGUUUUUUGAUUGGUGUAAAUUAUGGUUUCCUCUCACCGUCCUGUCCCCAACAAAAACCACAAACAGCAAUAUUUAUCCCUCAGCCCUUCAGAUUCUGUCUUGAAAGAUAAUGUUGAACUAGAUUUCUCUGAUGUGUUUGGCCCACUCCCUGAAGAGGCCAAUGAUGUUGUUUAUGACGAGCCUGCUGUUGUCUACAGCCGAUCCCACUCAUUGGUCGGCCCAUCUUCGUUUGGCAGUCAUUCUUUCAAGCUGAACAGGCUCACCUUACGAGAGACUGAGCACUCCAUUGAAUUGGUCGAAUCUCUGGAAUGUUUUGAAGGUGAAUCGUUAGAGAAAAGCGAUGACUUUUCUGGUAAUGACGACACUGACAGUGAGAAAGCUACAGAGGGAGAUCUGGUAAAGGUCUCAGGUGUGGUAGGCAUUGAGGAUUUUGAGGUUCUAAAGGUUGUGGGGAAAGGGGCGUUCGGGAAAGUAUACCAGGUGAGGAAAAAGGAGACAUCUGAGAUAUACGCCAUGAAGGUCAUGAGAAAAGACAAGAUAAUGGAGAAGAACCAUGCGGAAUACAUGAAAGCUGAGCGAGAUAUUCUUACCAAAAUUGAUCAUCCUUUCAUUGUUCAACUUAAAUACUCUUUUCAGACUAAGUAUAGGCUGUAUCUUGUGCUCGACUUUAUAAACGGAGGGCAUCUAUUCUUCCAGCUCUAUCACCAAGGGCUUUUCAGAGAGGACUUGGCUCGUGUGUACACUGCGGAAAUCAUCUCUGCAGUUUCACAUCUCCAUGAGAAAGGCAUAAUGCAUAGGGAUCUCAAACCUGAAAACAUUCUCAUGGACGUAGAUGGCCAUGUGAUGCUAACUGAUUUUGGUUUAGCAAAGGAAUUUGAAGAAAACACAAGAUCAAACUCCAUGUGCGGAACAACGGAGUAUAUGGCACCUGAAAUCGUUCGUGGAAAAGGGCAUGAUAAGGCUGCUGACUGGUGGAGCGUUGGGAUUCUUCUCUAUGAGAUGCUCACGGGAAAGCCACCUUUUAUGGGGAGCAGAGGAAAGAUAGAGCAGAAAAUUGUGAAGGACAAGAUCAAGCUUCCGCAGUUUCUGUCUAGUGAAGCUCAUGCGUUGCUGAAAGGGCUGCUGCAAAAAGAGCCAGAAAGGCGACUUGGAAGUGGACCGAGCGGAGCAGAGGAGAUAAAAGAGCACAAAUGGUUCAAAGGAAUGAACUGGAAGAAGCUGGAGGCUAGAGAAGUGAAGCCAAGUUUCAAGCCGGAGAUAUCGGGAAGGCAAUGCAUAGCAAAUUUUGACAAGUGUUGGACUGAAAUGUCUGUGUUGGAUUCUCCCGCAAGCAGUCCAAGCUCGGAUCCUAAGGCCAACCCUUUCACCAACUUCACAUACGUCAGGCCUCCUCCUUCAUUCCUUCAACAAUCUACAUCGACUUUGUAGACGAGCUAUCGAAAUCAACUUUCACAUGUUUCCAAUCAAGAGAGGGUUUCAACAAAGCUAGGAACCUUAUGUUGUUUCUUUUUUUAUUUCUUUUUUACUUUGAUUAAGAAUCUCAUUUAAAGUUAAGAUAUGAUAUUGAGUUAAUCCAAUAUUUUUAACUAAAAA